AUGGAGUUUUUACUUUUUUUCCUCUUCUUUCAUCAAUUCGUUGCUCAAAGUUUGAGGCUCUCCGAUGGGGACAACGGGAGAAUAGAAGAAGAUGGAUCUUUUCGAUACAUUCAAAAGCAAGAAGGAGAAUCGUUAAGUCUCAUCUGUCCACAAGGCGCAAAUUGGACAAUACCUUUUACUGAGUCUCCACAAAGAAGAACCACAAAGCAGACAACUGAGGGAUUUGUUUUGAACAUCUCAAACCUUCAAUCAGCAGAUACGGGUGCUUACAAGUGUGCCGGUCAAAAGAUUUACUUGUAUGUUAAAGGUCCAAAGCUGUUUUUAAAGAUUGAAAAGAGCGAAUUGCCUUUUUCAUUUGGGGAUUUCUACGCUGCAAACUCGGUUCCAUGUCGGACAACGUCUUUCGUUAAACGGCAUAACAUGAAACUCUUUGUCAACGAUGUGCAAUGGGCUGCUUGGUGCAAUGAUGAAAAAACGGAUUUGGGAGAACCGAUCGGGUCCUUGCACGAGCCCUUGACGAAUAGAAACUGCAUUCCUCUAGAAUAUUCGUCAACGAAGGGCUUCAGCUUUUGGAAAAUGGAUUUUAAGGUCCGUUGGGGUCAGGUGAAUCGGAAGAAAUUCCGCUGUGAGUUCAAUGGGGAGAAGUCACAAGAGUUCACCGUACAGGCUUUUGAAUACUUCAAUUUGGGCAACCAGCAAUGGACAAAUUUCACUCCGGUCCCAUGUACUUUGCCCACCAAACAGGAUUUGCUUUUCGAAAAGGCAAAUAGAAAGCUGAAAUUGAGUUGCUCAAACUGUAAUACACCUGAAGAUACGCGAGUAAUCGAGGAACUCAUUCAACGGCUUCACCAACCAAACGAGCUGAGGAAUGCCGCUGAGAGGUCGCUGCUACAAGGAUACGGGGCCGACUUUUGCAACUGGAUCAAGAAGGUCGAAAGCAAAGACGAUCCAGUUUCCCCAAUGAAGCUCGUUGAAAAUGCGUCAACCCCAACUUUGAAAACAAGCCAACUACAGUGGACGGACAACUUGCUCAGCAUUGGGCUGCUGUUUUUGACGAUCGUUUUGCUUAUCCUGAUUGUCGUUGGAUAUGCCAUUUGGAGGAGGGAAAUACGCAGAAAACUUCUAGAAGAAGAGAGAAAUCGAGCCACUAGUGAAGUUGGUAGCCUACUCAAAGAUAACACACAAACGACACUUAUCGAACAGGAGAUCAAACAGAAGCCAACCUUUGUUAGACGUUUGAUUGACAGUGGAGGCUUUGGAAAAAUCUACGAGCUGAUUGGACACGAACCGCCAGCCAUUGUGAAAUGUAUGCACACGAGAAACUACCAUCCAGCCACAUUCCAGAAAGAAUUCGAGUGCCUCAAUAGACUCGAACACCCAAAUGUCGUCAAAUUGCUUCGCAUGGAAACAGGAAAUGAAGGAAAGCUCGAAAUCGUCAUGGAAUAUUGUCAACGAGGGAAUUUGGGUACACUUUUACAAAACCCAACAAUUAUUUACACGAUGAACACAGUGAUUUCAUGGGCAGAAAGCCUGUUCGCUGCUUUGGGAUACAUGUACAAAGAUGAGAAGUUCGUUCAUCGGGACAUUAAGCCCGAAAACAUUUUUGUCACCAUGGACUUUCGGGUGAAGUUCGGGGAUUUCGGACUUGCAAAGAAGAUCGAAGAGACAUGUACGGGGACCGUCCAAGGAACACAACGAUAUAUGAGUCCCUCACAAGGAGAAAGAGUAAAUGAAUUUCAUGACUCCCACCGGAACGACGUUUACAGUUUGGGACUUGUCCUGUGGGAGAUGAUUGAGAGAAGGUUUGUGAAUUUAAGCACAAAC